ACAGAGAGAGGGAGACAGAGAGGGAGACACGCGGCGGAACUUUCAGGCUUUUUUCCCGCCGGUUCGGUUCUCCCUGGCGGAGAGAGGAUGCUCAGAAGACGAAGAGACUGAGCUCUGAUCCGGUUUUUCUCUUUAAGACUCAUGAACCGGGCUCGUCCUGAGCGCGCGAUCUCAUCAGGUCUUUCCCGGGACUCUCGCGAUGUCCGCCGCCCGUGCGUCCCUCCCGCUCGCGCUCCGGCUGCUGCUGCUGCUGGUGUUGGGAGUAUUGCGUGUGCAUGGGCAGACAGAGAUGAAGCGAGUGGUGGGCGAUAACGCCACUCUGCCAUGUCACCAUCAGCUCUGGCAUGCCGACACCUCACUGCUGGACAUCGAGUGGCUGGUGGUAAAACCCAGCGCCAAGCAGAAAGCGGUGAUCACCUACUUCGCAGGACGAAUCUACGACCCGAGCGAGGGCGAGGCAGGCAGGUCGACACUGGCAGGCGAUUAUCUAAAGGGCGAUGCCUCACUCAUGAUCAGCGAUCUCUCGCUCACAGACUCCGGCGAGUACACCUGCAAGGUUAAGAAUGGAGGGAAGUACUAUUGGAAUAUGGUCAAUCUCAUCGUCCUUGUUAAGCCGUCGAAGCCACGCUGCUGGAUGGAGGGACGGCUGUUGGAGGGCAGUGACGUAAAGAUGAGCUGUAAAUCUGCGGAUGGAUCCGACCCCAUUUAUUAUAAAUGGGAGAGAGUGCUGGACAAGGGCAGAUACGUGGGGAAACUACCACCUCUCGCUCUCCUGGACCUGAAGAACCCGGAGAUUGUGACUCUAAAGAACCUGAGCCGAGAGAGUGCGGGCGUCUACAAGUGCACAGCCAGCAACGACGUGGGAGAGGAGAGCUGCACCGUGGAGGUCAAAAUUCACUAUGUACGAGGUAUGGGAGUGAUAGCCGGCGCUGUGGUGGGCGUGUCCUUGGGCGUGCUGCUCCUCAUUCUCAUCGUCUGGCUGGUGUUCCGUAAGAAGGAGAAGAAGAAGUACGAAGAAGAGGAGACGCCUAAUGAGAUCAGGGAGGACGCCGAGGCUCCUAAGGCCAAGCUGAUGAAGCCCAACUCUCUCUCCUCGUCCCGUUCGGGAAGCUCCCAAUCAGGCACCUCCUCCACCCAGUCCAUGGUUCCCAGCGGCGCCCCACGUGUCCACAAACCUCACCCACCCCCACCCUCGGCAGCGUCUCUGAAAGGAAGUGUCCAGCCUGCGACGUUGCCCUCCAUGCCCCCGGCGUACACGCAGGUUGCCCCGAAACUCCCAGAUCCUCACUGCAGUCCCAAACUAAGCCCGGGCAACCUGGCAAGGAUGGGCGCCAUGCCGGUCAUGAUCCCGGCCCAAAGCAAGGCCUUCCAGACUGUCUAGAGAUUCAUCGACAUUAUCACACUCAUGCACACACACAUACAGUGUAUAUAUAUAUAUAUA